UGUGCGCUGCAUCCCUUCCCCUCCUCCUCCUCGGGUACCAGCCCGGCGACGAGGUUCAGUGAGCUCAGCAGCGCCUUCCAGUCCAGCCUAGCAAAGGGCUGAGCCGGAGCCCUGCCGCCCCGGCUCGAGUGGAGUAAGCCGGGGAGCCCCAUGCACACAGACUGCCCGGGCAGUAGCCAUGCAUUCAGGCGUGGAGUUAAAGAGAGCCAUUUCUGCCAGCAUGGAGGCAGAAAAACCAAUGAGAAGCUACGGGGCAGUGGAGGAGACUGAGUGGAAAGCUGAGGGGCUGGGGAGAAAUCAACUUGACAUCAUCUCAAUGGCUGAAACAACAAUGAUGCCUGAGGAAAUCGAAUUGGAGAUGGCAAAGAUCCAGAGGCUUCGGGAAGUCUUAGUCAGAAGAGAAUCAGAGCUCAGGUUUAUGAUGGAUGACAUUCAGCUGUGCAAGGACAUCAUGAACCUUAAACAGGAGCUGCAGAAUUUAGUAGCAAUUCCAGAAAAAGAAAAAACAAAAAUGCAGAAACAAAGAGAGGAUGAAUUGAUUCAGAAGAUCCAUAAACUGGUGCAAAAAAGAGAUUUUCUUGUAGAUGAUGCAGAGGUGGAGAGAUUAAGAGAGCAAGAGGAAGACAAGGAGAUGGCUGAAUUCCUGCGGAUCAAAUUAAAACCCUUAGACAAAGUAACACGAUCUCCUUCCAGUACCCCAGCAGAAAAGAAGGCAGAACCUCCUCCAAGCAAGCCCACCGUUGCCAAAACAGGAAUAGCUAUUAUUAAAGAUUGUUGUGGGGCCACGCAAUGCAACAUCAUGUAACUCCAGUCUCUCUACCAAUUGUAUCUGUCUUUUUUUCAAAUGUUUUUAUUGGAUAAAACUGUAGGGUGAAAGGAUUUUAAAGCAUCCCGAUAGUUGAAUCAAGAAAUACUGUAAACAUUAC